AUGGAAAAAAAGAUACAAUAUGAGGAGGAAAGAGGAGGAAAGAGGAGGAAAGAGAAAUCCUCAGCGUUAAAAAAUGUGAAAAUUUGGAAAAAAUGUGGAGCAACCACACAUCCAGAAGCUGAAAAAUCGCAUGAAUGUCAUUUACAAGUGCAAAUAUUUAUUUACAAAAAAUAUAGCAUAAAUUGUCGUAAAGUUCUGAAUAUACCACAUUUAACUGACGAUGCGGAGGUGAUUGACGUGCCUAAGAGUCAACAGGGUGUAGAUCCAGACUUUAAAAAUUUCAGAGGAGUUGUCGAUACUGGCGUUGGUUAUCCAUUUUUCCAACCAAAUCCAAAUCCAUUUUCUCUUAAUUUUGGCUUCUUCGAUUCAUUUGAUGAUAUUUUCCGUCGUUUACGUACACGCUUAUGGCCUGCUACUUUAUCCGGCGGUAUUGAUGAUUCCAGCGAAGAAGGUGGUAAUCCAUUCAAUAUCGAUCCCAAAAAUGGUAAUACUACGUCCGAAGUAAAGAUUGUUGAUGGCCAUCGUGUUGAAGUUAACGAAACUCGAUAUGGAGACAAGAACAGUGUUUUCAAAGUACGCAUUGUGAAUAUUCGCCCUCUUGAAUCUGGCGAAGAUGUCACCAAUACCAAUACCAAUACCAACACUGAUGUCAAUACCGAAACUAGAACAAAUGGCCAAAGUCCCGUCACAACAGCACCUAAAACCAAUAAGGUAAAUGAUGAUGACGAUGACGAAUCUGAUGAGCGCCGUGAACCGCUGGCUAAGAAACCCAAUGAAAACGAAAUACCCAAAGGCAAUCUCGAUGAUCCCGAGGUAAAAUAAAGCCUAAA